ACAAGAGUUGGUUUUUCCAUGUAAGAUAAGGCAACCUCUCCCCCCCCUCCUUCUAACCAGAGAGGUUCUAGAAUUGAAUGGGGGGAGAAAGCUCGGGGGCUUGUUGGAUGCAUUCAGAUAUGGCCAUUGCCUGGGCAGCUUGUCUUCUUCUCAUCAACGUCUAUCAAGUGUUCGGUUUGCGGUGUUUGCAAUGUAUCGGCAACGCGGCCACCUGCCGCAUGUCUGUAAGGACAUGUCCCUCUUAUGAGACAACCUGCAUCUCUCUGGCAUACAAAGAAGCUCAAGGCUUUAGGUCUAGUGACACUCUUAUGAAGGGCUGCUCCACUCCCGAGCUGUGCAACCAGACGUCGGCCAUUGACAUUGGGAGUCGAUCCAUUUACAUGAGUGCAACUUGCUGUGAGAGGGACUUUUGCAACAUCAACCGUUUCUCCACUACUCCUGUAUUUUCCAACCGGCUGCAGUGUUGUAGAAACACAACAUGUUCUGAUACCAUGUUCUGUGAUGGCGUCAACAACUGGUGUGUGGAUGUGGCUAGCAAGAACGUUUCAGGGGCGAUUACUAUCGAGACGAGGUAUACGAAAGGCUGUGGGUCAGGAGACGCAUGUAACACUACACUCGCAUAUAACACGGGUUCCUUUCAGCAUUUUACACAAUACACAUGUUGUAACCACAGAAACAACUGUAACAACAUCCAGCAAAGUAUUCCCACUUUGGACAACAACAACGGCAUCAGAUGUUGGGGUUGCAGAGAUGGCGGUAAUAAUGAGUGUGCACCCAGCAAUCAGACGUAUGUCCAGUGCAAAGGAAUUCAGAUCCGAUGCAUGGAAGCAUUUGAUCAAACGAGAAAUAAGACCGUUAUGAAAGGCUGCAGUACGGUGAGCUUCUGUUCCUCCACCCCACCGCAUCUGGACAUUCCCAGCAUCUCGGAGGUGCAGUGCUGCGCCGGGAGCCUAUGUAACAAUUUCACAAGAGAGUACGACGUCCCUGUAACCGUGAGCAGUGGCCACCGCACCAACACGGACUCCGGAGUAUUCAUCUUCCUCUUCAGCCUUCUAUGCGCCUCAAUACGACAUCUUCUCUAGAACUUCCCACCACCUGCCGCAGCUUGUUUGCGCAGGAGACUUGUUAUUUGUAUAGUUGGAAAGCAGGGAUCAAGGCUCUAGAACAUAGAAGAAAGGAUAUUUUCUGUCUCUCCACAAAUCCCCGGAUUGUUUUUUUUUAAUGUUUAACCCAGCAGAGAACAUUAGUGAAAGUUGUGUUCUCAGGUUCUAGAUGUCUAACUUUUCCUGAACACG